UGGGAGGGAAGCGUCUGCAAAGAGCUCUUGGUGUGCCUCGCUCUAGGGCUGCCCCCUCCGUUCGAGGAGGGGGCAGCCUCUCCGGGCGCCGCGGUUGCCAUGGGGACGGCUCUCUGUUUGGUCUCUCGGCCUGGAGAGGCAGCGGCGAGCUCUGCGCGCGGCGGCAUCCCGGGCCCUCCGGAGGGUCGGCGAAGGAGGGGGUCAUGGAGAGCCGGCCCCCGGGCCAGCCGACGGUGCCUCACCCCUGCCCCAGUGUGAAGCAGCCGCCGCAGGUGGUCCUUCAGCUGAAGGUGGUGGGGCUGUUCAAGGGCAUCCCGUUUCAGAUCGCCAAGUGCACAGCGGAGUGUCUGAAGAGAGCUCAUCCAGACAAAUUUAAAGACCCUAUAAUGGUUCCUCUUCAUGAAUUUGCAUGGCAUGAAUUUCUACAAGAGAAGAAAAGGGAACUCAAGGGUGAAACAUGGAGAUACCCUUCUACUGUGAUGUGUUUUAUUAAUGAUCAGCUUUUGGGCAAUGAAGGCUGUCUGCAGAAAUGGGCUUAUAAGAAAUGGGGUCAAAAAGAUUUUAAGCCCAUACCACUUUAUGAAGCUCUUACUUCGGAUUAUGUGGCCGAUUACUUGAAAAAUUCCAAGCGUCCCAUGGUCUUCUUGGAAGUUUCAAUAAAUAAACAGUCCAUUGGAAGAUUGAUAUUUGAGCUCUAUGCUGAUCUUUGCCCCAAAACUUGUCAGAACUUUCAGACCUUAUGCACGGGGAAUGCAGGGUUUUCUCGAAGUGGUUUAAAAUUGCAUUACAAAAAUACUAUUUUCCAUAGAUUAGUAAAAAGUGGUUGGUUACAAGGAGGAGAUAUCGACAUGGGAAAAGGCAAUGGUGGUGAGUCAAUUUAUGGACCAGUAUUCGAAGAUGAAAACUUUGCAGUGCCACAUGAUAAAAGAGGGGUUCUUGGUAUGGCCAACAAGGGACGGCACACCAAUGGGUCACAAUUCUAUAUCACACUACAGAAAGCUUCUUAUCUGGAUCGAAAAUAUGUAGCUUUUGGGCAACUGAUUGAAGGAACAAGAGUUCUUCAAAUCCUGGAAGUGGCAGACACACUGAAUGAAAGACCAGUAUAUACUUGUAGAAUUAUCGACUGUGGUAAUUAUCGCUGAUAACAUAAAGACCAACAUUUCCUUCUCUAGUUUACUAUUACUUUUCUUAUUAUCUCUUUCUAGAUUUUAAUAAAUGAUU